AUGCCCGUGCUCGGUGGAGAGGUUUCUGGUAGUUCCCUGGCCACCCUGGCGUUCCUCCAGCGAAUGCCCGCGCUGUGCCGUGGCCACAACCUGCUAGAGCUGGGCGCGGGGCGAGGGCUGCUGGGCAUUGGCGCAGCAGCCUUGGGUGGCGCUGGGGAGGUGACGGAUUUGGAGCCCGAGAUUUGCGCGGCCCUGCGGGAAAGCCUGCAAGAGACCAGGAGAGAUGAGUUGGUGAUCGAUGCUCGGCCACAGCAACAUGGAGGGAUGCUCAUCAUGCAGUUGGUCUUGAUGGAUGCUGGUGGCUACUGGGGCAAGAUGGGCAGCAGCGAUCGGCCGCGUUGGUUGCGGUCCAUUUUGGCGACCAACCGACACCACGCCAGGACCCACGGCCAUGCCAUGGUUCUCCGCUGGAAGCGCACCUUAGCGUUGACGGAGUGGCAGCAGCAGCAGUGCCACAAGAGCGGCAAGGGUCGCGAGGAGUGCAUCAAGCGUUGGGAGCGCGAGAACUUUUGCUGGGAGAAGUUUCCUUUCAUGGUGGAUUACUUGCUGAAUUCCCAAGAGUUCACGCACAUGAUCAUGCUGGAUGCGGAUGCAGCCCUGGUGCGGCAUCACGUGGACAUCCUUGGUGGCAUCGCGCAGCAGAUGCAUGAUCAAAACAUCGACGUUUUCCUGACCAAUGAAGAUUGGCUGAAGAACGGCGAGAACCGCAUCAAUGGCGGAGUGAUCAUGGCCAGAAACUCCAAAUGGUCAGAGGACAUGUUUCAGGAUGCCUUCGAUGCCCACAAGCUGGGCCCCAAGAUGCACAAGAAGUGGCGCAUCGGCGAGACCGGCGUCAUGUGCACCAGCAACGAGCAGAUCUGCCUCAAUGACCUCUUCUACGGCCAUGGUCGGAAGAUCAUGCAGGGCCAUAUGGCCUUCGAGAGCGGCAUCGUGUACAACCGUGGGGGCUGCACCCUGAAGCAUUGCUGGGAGAAGAUUUCGGACCCCUCCAUGGAAGCCUUGCGCAUGACGGAUGAGCGGUUGUUGAUCGUCCACUUCAUGGGCGGCAGCAAGAACUUCGCCCCGGAGAUCCUCUGUGGCGACCCGAGCUACACCGGCGAAGCGCCGGACGGCUACGGCUGCGCCGGACGGGCGUCCCGCGGCACGGCGCUGCGCGGCCUAGAGGUGCGGCAGUUGGACUGGGACGACGGCCUGGAAGAGGCGCUCAGCCGUGGCCCUGGGCUGCUUUUGGGCUCCGAGCUGCUCUGGGCCGAUGAUGCUGUGGAGGCGCUUCUGGAGGCGGUGGUGCCAGCCGUGGUGGAUCAUGACUGGAUUUGGGUCUACGGCGCUGCGCUGAGACCGUCCAACGACAUCUUCAUGCGUCGUUUAGCUGCCAUCGCUGGCACCAGCUUGUCCUGCCAUGGGGCGGUGAUCGAGACCCGUUGUGGGAAAUGCCACGGGGUCCAAGUGCGAGAGGAAACCAACGUGUUGCUGUGGAAACGGAGCGAAUGA